GAUGAGAUCGUUCACGGUCCUUGCUCUGGCAGCAGCCUUGGCUGUUGCAUCUGCUGCUUUCGUUCCCAGCACCGGUCAGGUGAAAUACGCCGACAAGGAAUGGUUGCACAAACAGGAGGACCUGUUGCUGCUCUUCCGUCACGUCUACCAGAAGGACUGGAAUCCCCAGCUGAUUGCCUACGCCAAGAACUAUGUGCUGAAGAGUAACUUCCACCUGUACAACAACCAGGAAGCCGUGACAGAGUUCUACUCCUACUACGAACAUGGAAUGCUGCCCCGUGGUGAGGUGUUCUCCAUCUUCAACGAGGUGCACCGUGAGCAGGCCAUCGCUCUGUUCCACUUGUUCUACUAUGCCAAGGACUGGGACACCUUCUACAAGACCGCUGCCUGGGCCCGUUACCAUGUCAACGAGGGUAUGUUCGUGUACGCUCUGACCGUUGCUGUCACCCAUCGUCCAGAUAUGGCCGGAUUCGUUCUGCCAGCUCCUUAUGAAAUCUUCCCGUACUACUUCAUCAACACCGAAGUUAUCCAGAAGGCUCAACAGUACAAGAUGCAGGGCUACUACGGAUUGAAGAAGGUCGGUGAUGUCUACACUGGCGUCGUCCACAACAACUACACUGGCUGGUACAUCCACACCAACCCGGAACAGAAGAUUUCCUACUUCACUGAAGAUAUUGGCCUGAACACCUACUACUACUACUUCCACAUCGACUAUCCAUUCUGGUUGGGAGGAAAGGAAUUCGGUCUAUACAAGGACCGUCGUGGAGAACUGUACCUCUACGAGCAUCAGCAACUGUUGGCCCGUUACUACCUUGAACGUCUAUCCAACGAUUUGGGUCACAUCCCAGAAUUCUCGUGGUACUACCCAAUCAAGACCGGAUACUACCCAGACAUGCAGUACUACAAUGGCCACACCUUCCCCGAUCGUGACAACUACUAUCUGGUACAUGAUGAAGAUCACUAUUACGAUAUCAAGCUGGUCGAUGAUUACGAACGUCGCAUUCGUGAUGUGAUUGAUCGUGGAUUCCUGGUUCUGCCCGAAGGAAAAGUUAUCAACUUCACCGUCCCAGAAGCCGUCGAUUACCUCGGUAACUUGAUCCAGAGCAACCCCGAUAGCUAUGACACCCGUUUCUACAAGUAUCUGAGCCUGUUCUCUCGCAUCAUCAUGGGUGCUGCCGUUGAGCCCGUCGAACCCUACCAGCUCAUCCCAAGUGUCCUGGAGCACUUCGAGACGUCUCUGCGUGACCCAAUGUUCUACCAGAUCUACAAGCGAAUCAUCCACUACUACUUCCACUUCAAGGAUCAUCUGCACCCAUACACCUACGAAGAGCUGUACUUCCCAGGCGUGAAGGUUGAAGACGUUGUUGUCGACAAACUGGUCACUUACUUCGAUCGCUUCGAUAUGGAUAUCACCAACGCCAUCGAUAUUGAGCCAGAGCCAUACGUUGAAGGUAAAUACGACGGAUUCGGUGAAAUCGAAUACAAGGCUGAUCCAGUUAUCAUCAAGGCCCGCACCAUUCGUCUGAACCACAAGCCAUUCACCUACAAGAUGAGCGUCGUUUCCGAGAAGGCCACCAAGGCUGUUAUCCGUGUUUUCAUCGGUCCCAAGUAUGAUGAAUUCGGCAGCCUGUACCGUCUGAACGAAAACCGUGAAAACUUCUACGAGCUGGACUACUUCGUAUACGAGCUGACCGCCGGCAAGAACGUCAUCACCCGCAACUCCCUGAACUUCAACGGCUACGUCAAGGACCGCACCUCCUUCUACGAGCUGUACAAGAAGGUCAUGCUGGCCUACAAGAGCGACGAGAAGUUCCCACUGGACAUGACCGAGGCUCACUGUGGCUUCCCGAACCGUCUGAUGCUGCCGAAGGGCAAGAAGGGUGGUAUGCCGUUCCAGUUCUACUUCAUCGUGUCCCCGUACCAUGAGCCAGAGGUCGUCCAGUACACCGGUUUCGAUCCUGUUGUGUCCUGCGGUGUCGGUUCCGGUGCCCGCUACUUCGACAAGCUGCCAUUCGGCUAUCCCUUCGAUCGUCCAAUCGACGAGACCUACUUCUACGUGUCGAACGCCUUCUUCGAGGAUGUUGUCAUUUUCCACAAGAAGGAAGGUGAUGUAAAUGCUGUUGUGUAAACAGUGUUUCGGAUGGACUAGAGUUAGACAUUAAGUCUACGAAUCUGGGUUUCUCACUUUCCAAGUGUGAAAACCUGAGGAACCUUGAUUCGUUCGUGCUAAUGUGAUAUUGUUUGUAAUAAAAAGAUCUGCUGAAAAAAUCAA